GCGCUCUUCCGAUUCUUUAAAUUUUCUUUCGAAUAUUCUUCGCAUCGUUCGCCGGAAAUGGAGCUUCCCGACGGGAACGGAUGGAGAAAUUGCCAAUACGUCGUCGUAAUGCGGCACGGGGACCGCCUCGAUAACGUCGACCCGGAUUGGCCCGCUAGUGCGGAAAGGCCGUCGGACCCGCCGCUGCACCCGGAUGGAAUGGAUCGGGCUUUCGCGGUCGGCCGCAGGAUCCGGGAAGAUCUCGGGUCCCCGAUCCAACGUGUCUUCGUCUCUCCUUUUCUUCGCUGCCUCCAGACAGCGUCCGAGGCUGUCCGAGGUCUAUGCACCGUCGCCUAUUCCGCCGGUGAUUCCGGCAGGGUCUCUACGGAUGCCGCCGCCGUGGAUCUCUCCAAAAUCAAGGUUUCGGUUGAAAUGGGAUUAUCUGAAAUGUUGAACACGCGAGCGAUACGACCUAAUGUGGCUCCAAAGGAUGGAGAUUUUAAAUUCAAUGUCUCUCAAUGUGAAUCUCAAUUACCUGCUGGAACUAUCGAUCACAAUGCAGAAAAAAUCUACAAGAAGCUACCUGAUUGGGAAGAGCCUGUGCUAGCUGCACGGGCUCGGUAUGUGGAUGUUGCUAAAGCCCUUGCUGACAAAUAUCCAUCAGAGAACUUGUUGCUUGUCACACAUGGGGAGGGAGUAGGCUCUGUGUUUUCUGCAGCCAUGAAAGGAGCUAGUGUUUAUGAGGUUGAUUAUUGCGGGUUUACGAUCUUAAGAAGGGAUUUUGGCUUUGGCCAAGAGCAGCCAUUCACACCUGGAGAGCUUACAAAUCACAGUGAUUCCGGCAUUAAGUUUUUGGCUACCCGUGCAUGAUGAUCAUCCCUACACUCAAACCAUUCUUUCUUUUUUACAUCUUUUUUUUUUCAAUUUGGAUGAACUUAAGGAGUAUUGUUUUUAGUCACGUAGGAUUUUUUUAGAAAAUAAUGUUAAAGAUAAACAUUUCAUAAACUUUCAAUCAAUUAUAAAAAAGUUGCAUACACUUAGCUCCAUACACUUAUCUUGCCUACUGCUAAUACAAAUCCAGCUACCACCGACUGCAAUUUUUUUG